UCAUGCCCACGGCAUCCAGUGACCGAACCCAGACGCUGAAAGUGAAAGUGAGUGGGGAGCGGCCAGCCUGUCACUCUGUGCAGAGACACGCAGAGAGCCAGGGAGGCAGAGGAGAAAAAUCAGAGAUAAACGGAGAAUUAACCUCGGGGUCUGUGCUCGAGUCUGUUCACCAGGCCAGUGGGAUCAGGGGGAUGGAACAACUCCGGGAGGACGUCACCUGCUCCAUCUGCUUGGACGUCUUGAGUGACCCCGUCUCCAUCGAAUGCGGCCACAGCUUCGGCCGGGGCUGCCUCUCGACUCACUGGAGCCAGAUCUCAGCCCAGGGGCACUGCUGCCCGGAGUGCUGGGCUCCCUGCUCCGGGGAUAGGAUGAUCCCAAACAAACGUGUCAAAAACCUAGUGGAGAAAAUCACCAAGCCUCUGCAGGAAGAGACUGAGUCGCAGGGGCCGGGGGCUCAGCCGGAGCCGGGGCGCCCGGUGCAGCUGGUGCAUCUGGACGAGGAAGAGAACCUGAUCCUGGAUGAGGAGGCCCUGAGCCGCUGCCUGGAGCAGGGUGGGGUGGGGGAUGCCCCUGUCUGCCUGGUGUCCAUCAUCGGGGAGCAGCGCCGGGGCAAAUCCUUCCUGCUGAACUACCUGCUGCGCCGGCUCCGGAGCCCACAGGAUGCGAGGGACGGGUCAUGGAUGGGCCGGGAGGACGAGCCCCUGGAGGGGUUUGAGUGGCGCGCGGACGAGGAGCGAGUCACCAAGGGGGUGUGGGCGUGGAGUCAAUCCUUCUGGGUCCCAGCCAAGGCGGGGAAGGUGGCCGUGCUGCUGGUGGACACCGAGGGCUCCAUGGACAUUGAGAGCAACAAGGAGACCAGCAUCAAACUCUCCGCCUUUUCCAUGCUGCUCAGCUCCUACCAGAUACUGAACACUGGCUGUCGGGUGAAGGACCCGGAUCUCGAGUACCUGGAGAUGUUUGUGCAGGUGGCCGAAGUGGUGGGAGAGGCCUAUGGACUGGAGCCCAUUCAGCACUUGGACCUACUGGUGCGGGAUUGGAGCAGCUCCCGGGUCCUUGGAGCCCAGGGUGGGGAGCAGCAUCUGAGACACGUCAGACAGAAGCUGGAGGCGAAGUCCCCCUGCAAACACCCCAAGGCCCUGGAAGCACUGAAGGGAAACAGGAGUCGUUGUUACCUGAUGCCCUUCCCUGGCGAGCGGAUCACUAUGGGGAGCGAGGGAACUCUCAGAGACAUGGGUGAGAAUUUCCGGGAGAGCCUGAGGGACUAUGUCACCACCCUGGUGAGCUCGGCCAGUCAACAUGUCCAGACGGACCGGCAUGGGGAGAUGCUCACCGGGACACAGCUCGCUGCCAAGAUAAAGAAUUUAUCUGAUGUGAUGAAGAAACAUCACUUCGGCUUCUCCUCUCCCUGUCAGAUGGCCAUCACGUUCCACAACCAGAGAGUCGUGGACAGUGCCCGCACAGACCACGCUGUGUUUCUGAGGGAGAAGGACGGCCUGUCCCAGCGCAUGGUCGACUGUCUGAAGGUGGAUCCGAGCGCAAUGGCGGAGCAAUUCAAGGAGCAGCGCAGGUCGCUGCUGGAGCGGUGCCGGGAGGAGAUGAGGGAGCCAGAAAAGGAGACCCUGCUGACGGCGCUAGAGGCGGAGCUGGCUCGGGAGGCCAAUUCUUUCCUGGAGACCUACAGAAGGUGCUAUCAGAGUCACGCCAUCAACCAGAGAGUCAUGGACAGAGCCCGCACAGACCACGCUGACUUUCUGAGGGAGAAGGACGGCCUGUCCCAGCGCAUGGUCGACUGUCUGAAGGUGGAUCCGAGUGCGAUGGCGGAGCAGUUGGUGGAGCAGCGCAGGUCGCUGCUGGAGCAGUGUCAGAAGGAGAUGAAGGAGUCAGAGGAGACCCUGAUGACGGCGCUAAAGGCGGAGCUGACUCGGGAGGCCGAGACCUUCCUUGGGACCUACAGAAGACGCUUUCAGAGUCACAACAUCAACAAGAGAGUCAUGGACAGAGCCCGCCAAGACCACGCUGACUUUCUGAGGGAGAACUCAAUGCAGCACGGCCUGUCCCAGCGCAUGGUCGACUGUCUGAAGGUGGAUCCGAGCGCAAUGGCGGAGCAGUUUGUGCAGCAUUGCAGGUCGCUGCUGGAGCAGUGUUGGAAGGAGAUGGAGGAGCCGGAGGAGACCCUGCUGACGGCGCUGGAAGUGGAGCUCACUCAGGAGGCCGAUACCUUCCUGGAGACCUAUGGAGGGCGCUAUCAGUGUCAUGCCAACAACCAGAGAGCCAUGGACAGCGCCCGCCGAGACCACGCUGACUUUCUGAGGGAGAAGCACGGCCUGUCCCAGCGCAUGGUCGACUGUCUGAAGGUGGAUCCGAGCGCGAUGGCGGAGCAGUUGGUGGAGCAGCGCAGGUCGCUGCUGGAGCGGUGCCGGGAGGAGAUGGAGGAGCCGGAGGAGACCCUGCUGAUGGCGCUAAAGGCGGAGCUGACUAAGGAGGCCCAGACCUUCCUGGAGAAGUACAGAAGGUGCUAUGAGCGUCACGCCUUUAACCAGAGAACCAUGGACAGCGCCCGCCAAGACCACGCUGACUUUCUGAAGGAGAAGGAUGACCUGUCCCAGCACAUGUUCAACUGUCUGAUGGUGACGCCGAGUGCAAUGGAGAAGCAGUUCGUGGAGAAGUGCAGGUCACUGCUGGAGCGGUGCCAGAAGGAGAUGCAGGAGCCGAAGGAGGCACUGCUGACGGCGCUAGAGAAGGAGCUGACUCGAGAGGCCAACGGCUUCCUGGAGACCUACAGAAAGCGCUUUCAGUGUCACUUAACCAUUCUGGGCCAGAGGUUGGGGCAGGGGCUGAUACUGCUGUUUGCAGCGAAGUCAAGUUUUAGUCACUGAGGCUGCAGAGCUAAG